AAGCAGUCUUUGUCAGACAUAGCAUUUGUCCAUCUGAAGACUGAGAACUUGGCUGGACAGCAAGAAUGGUUCCUAAUACAGUCCGUGUAGCAGUUGGAAUUCUAGGAAAUGCUGCUUCUAUGCUCCUCUAUGCAGCACCAAUAUUGACAUUCAGAAGGGUCAUAAAGAAGGGCAAUGUAGAGGAGUUCUCAUGCGUGCCGUACAUACUAGCUCUGUUCAACUGCCUCCUCUACACUUGGUACGGGCUUCCUGUAGUGAGCUCCGGAUGGGAGAACAUGACAGUAUCUACCAUCAAUGGAUUGGGCAUACUGCUUGAGAUCACAUUCAUCAGCAUAUACGUAUGGUUUGCACCACGAGAGAAGAAGAGGUUUGCCUUGGGAUUGGUGCUUCCUGUUCUGACGUUAUUUGGCUUGACAGCGUAUUUAUCAAGCUUCAUGGUCCAUACGCACCAUAUGCGCAAGGUUUUUGUGGGUAGUGUUGGUUUGGUGGCUUCUAUAUCCAUGUACAGCUCUCCAAUGGUAGCUGCAAAGCAGGUCAUCACCACGAAAAGCGUGGAGUUCAUGCCGUUCUACCUGUCACUGUUUUCCUUCCUGUCCAGCGCUCUGUGGAUGAUAUACGGGCUCCUUGGGAGGGAUCUGUUCAUCGCGUCUCCGAACUUCAUCGGUGUUCCAAUGGGCAUCCUUCAGCUGGCGCUGUACUGCAUCUACAGGAGAAGCGACGGGGCAGCUGGAAAGCUCCAUGGCACCGCCAUCGAUCAGGAGAAGGGUCUGAAAGCAGUAGUAGCCAUGCCUCCGCAGGAGCUCGCUGGAACGAAGCCGGAGGCGGAGGGUCAGAAAUGAGAGUGAUGUGCUUUUCUCUGAAACUGAUAGCAAUAGGUGCAGAACGAAGCUGCCUUCUGCUAGAAAAUGUUGCCAGAAUCUAGUAGCCUGCAUCAACGGUUGGGCCUCCGACUUGCUUGCAUGUAGACUUUGCCUUUAUUGGAUCAGAUCUUGGAUCCAGGAUCCAGCUUUGCCUUUAUUCCAAAGUCCAAAGUAGCUCAUGGAUCCAGGAUCCAGCUUUCAAUUCAAUGAAGGAAAUUUGAACA